AUGGACUACUCCGGCCCGAAGAAGGAGAAGAAACCUAUAGCAGUCCCGAGACCGAGCGCGAGUGUGCUUCUCAUCUCGCCGCAAAAUCAGAUUCUUCUUCUGCAGAGAGUCAAGCAAUCGUCUUCGUUUCCGUCAGCGCAUGUCUUCCCUGGCGGCAAUGUCUCAGAGUUCCAUGAUGGCAGGGUACCGGAGCCGGAUCAUCCAGAUAGACAUGUCGAUGGAGAUGCGUAUCGAAUGGCAGCAAUCCGGGAGACGUUCGAAGAAUCUGGAAUCCUGCUGGCACGGAACAAUGGUUUUGGUAGACUCAUUGAGGUGCCGCAAGGGGAGAGGGAAGCAGGCCGGGUUGCUGUUCAUUCGAGCGAGAUCGCCUUUCCCAAGUGGCUGGCACAGAAAGGUGGACGGGCGGAUGUGCAAGGACUGACGCCGUUCACGAGAUGGGUCACGCCAACGAACAAUCCUAAGCGAUUCACAACGCAGAUGUAUCUGUACUUCCUGCCCACGUUGUCGUCAACGCCUUUGAAGGAAGGCAGUGGCGAGCCAGAUGAUUCAGAAGCAGAGGUUGAUAUCCCAGCGCCUACGACUGAUGGUGGCAAAGAACAUACGACGGCCAGAUUCCUGCCAGCUUCGGUUUGGUGUCGACUCGCUCAAGAAGGGAGGAUUAUUCUUUUCCCGCCGCAGUUCUUCCUCCUGCAUCAAAUAGCACAGCGCUUUGAUGACCUCAAGUCUCCGACGGACUAUGCUUCGAUAUCACGAGCACCGUUGCCGAGGGAACAGCUUGAAGCCCGAAGAAGACGACUGCUGGAGUUUGUCAAGACCGGAAGCCCACCGUGGACGGAUAUGUGCAUCUCGCCUGUCACUCGACCCAGUAGAGACGGAAAGCUCAAAGGCCCGGAUGGUCGACAGGUGCUGAGCCUGCAUCAUCCUGGAGUCGAAGUCGAGAAGCAAGGCACUGGACGAGCUGGUUUGACUGAGCAAGUUGUGCUGGUAGAUUUCCAGAAGGAAGGUCCUAGACGUUUGAAUGUAAUCUCGCGAGAAGAAGCUCUCCAAAGAGUAGGGAAGUUGUGA